AUGCGCCAACGCCAUGCGCCAUGCCCUCACCUCGCGCCGUCGGAAACAUACAUCCCCGUCAACGGUAUCAAAUCCGCCUAUGUCGACUCUGGCAAGCCUCGUCCCGCAAUGUGGGGGACAGUAGCUCUGCCAAUACCAGAUCCAUUCGUGGACAUGAAUGAGCGUGCUGUACAAUGGAUUGGUGAAAAAGUGUGGCAAUAUCGCGUCUCGUUUCCUGCCCGAAAAGCCUCCUCCUCAAGCGCUACCACAGACCUCGUCUUCGAAGGUCUUAAUAUAUUUGCGACAGUGUUGCUCAAUGGCAGAAAAAUUCUCAAGACAGAUAAUAUGUUCGUCUCUUAUCAAGUCAACAUCGGUGAGCACAUCAAACCUGACGGGAAUAAUAUUUUGGAGAUUAUAUUCGACUCUGCUUUGAUUCGUGGCCGAGAGCUCGUCAAGGAACACAGUCACGAGCACAAAUUUCUUGUUAGACAGCCCGAGGCUGGCCGAGUGGCCGUGAGGAAAGCCCAGUAUAACUGGGGUUGGGAUUGGGGCCCUAUGCUCAUGACUGCGGCACCCUGGAAGCCUGUGUAUCUCGAGCAGUAUACUGCUCGCCUGGACGAUAAAGGUGUUAGAAGAACCCCCGUACCCCGAAAUGGCAAGUAUGCUGUUCCCUUCAAGAUUGCAACCCCCCAGCUCUGGCAUCCUCUCAACUAUGGCAAGCAAACCCGCUACGAACUCCAGGCCAGCGUUGUGCGGAGUGGUGAAGAGCUGCAUUCUACAUCAAAGUUGAUCGGUUUCCGUCGCGCCGAGCUUGUCCAAGAACCCGAUGCCCAUGGCAAGUCGUUCUACUUCCGCAUCAACAAUGUCGACGUAUUCGGCGGGGGCUCAUGCUGGGUCCUCGCCGACUCGUAUCUGUCACAAAUCUCCUCUGUGCGUUACCACGACUGGAUCAAGCUUAUGGCGGAAGGUAACCAAGUCAUGAUUCGCGUGUGGGGAGGUGGAAUAUACGAUGAUGCCCUCCUUGAUGCCUGUGACGAAUUUGGCGUGCUCAUAUGGCAUGAUUUCCAUUCCCGUUAUAGCUUGGGCAGGGAACAACGAGACUACCAGGUUCAAGAACGAUAUCGGCUCGACUACGACUUUGAGAACAACGACCCAGAGUCGUGGUGCAAAUCAACAUUCCCAGCUCGGUACAUCUACGAACAUUUCCUUCCCGAGCUAGUCAAGCAAGAAGAUCCUUUCAUGAUCUAUCAUCCAUCCAGCCCCUGGGGCGACGGAAGACCUACAGCCGAUCCCACAGUCGGAGAUAUUCACCAAUGGAACCUCUGGCACGGUGCCGUCAACAAGUACCAGGAAGUAUCCCUCCUCGGUGGCCGAUUCGUCAGCGAAUUCGGCAUGGAAGCCUACCCCCAUCUAUCCACUGUGCGACGCAUGACCACCCACUCGUCCCAGCUCUAUCCAGGCUCCAUGACAAUCGACUUAAACAACAAAGGCAUCUUCAACGAGCGUCGCAUGACGACUUACGUCUCCGAGAACUUCCGCCUUAAGUACGACCUCCCCUCCUACAUCCACCUUACGCAGGUCGUGCAAGCGGAAGCCAUGCGCGCCGCGUACAAGACCUGGCGCCGCGACUGGGGCACUCCAGGAGACCGUAAAUGUGGCGGCGUACUGGUCUAA